UCACAAAUUUUCUCAUUUUCACGUAUUUUAAGAAUAAAUUCUACGCAUAACAAAGCUAUUGUUAGGGUCUGAUAACAUGCACAGUGCAGUUGUAGUAACAAAUUCGCCGGUGUUCUCAUCAUCACCGAUGUUUCGUCAAUUGAUGAUAUCGCCAUCGCGCUCUCUUCAUUCACUAUCAUCUCCAUCCACUCCUGUUCGAAAUCAUACGAGUGGAUACAAGGAAGGACCGAUUAUUGGUUGUGAUUCGAAUUUGUCUACUUCUUUGCUUUCAAAGAGAAAGAGGCCGGCAAGGAUUCAGAUUCCGCUUGUACCGUUAAGUUUUGUGGAUGAGGUUGUUAAGCCGGAUGAUGAUGUGGCAGAGAUGGAAGAGGAAGGUGAGGAGUAUGGUGUGUAUUGUAAAAGAGGGAAGAGAAGAUUUAUCGAGGAUCGAUACUUCGCCGAUGUUGAUUUCCAAGGAGAUUCUAAACAGGCUUUCUUUGGAGUUUUUGACGGCCAUGGUGGAUCAAAGGCUGCGGAAUUCGCAGUGAAAAAUCUGCAUAGAAACAUAAUGUCGAAAGUAGCAAACAAAUCAUGUGAAGAUGAAACUGAAGAAGCUGUUAGAGAGGGAUAUCUCGAAACAGAUUCGGAGUUUCUAAAAGAAGAUGUGAAUGGUGGUGCUUGUUGUGUAACGGCAUUGAUUCGCAAUGGCAGCCUUAUAGUCUCUAAUGCGGGUGACUGUCGCGCUGUUAUGAGCCGAGGUGGAGUGGCAGAAGCUGUUACUGUUGAUCAUAAACCUUCAAGGAAAGAUGAACAAGAUAGAAUCGAAAGAAUGGGUGGAUAUGUUGAUUGUCGCAAUGGUGUUUGGAGAAUUCAAGGUUCACUCGCGGUGUCAAGGGGGAUAGGAGACAAUAAUCUCAAGAAAUGGGUGAUCGCGGAACCAGAAACAAGAAUAAUUGAAAUUAGACGGGAAUGCGAGUUCUUGAUCCUUGCUUCUGAUGGGAUAUGGGACAAGGUGAACAACCAAGAAGCGAUCGACAUUGUUCGUCCAUUUUGCGUAGGAACAAAGAAACCUGAUCUAACUUCCGCUUGUAAGAAGCUCGUAAGCUUAUCGGCGGCAAGGGGUUCUUAUGAUGACAAGAGUGUCAUGGUCAUCCGACUGCCUCAUUUCAUUUCAUGAACAUACUAAAUUAGUUCAAUCAUAUCUAAUUCUUGAGAAGCAACAUCAGUUGCUUAACUCAUACUUCUUCAUUGUUGUUCCUAGUCUGAAUUAGUUCAUAAGUUUUUUUACUUGUGUCACUCUUUUAAUGGA